AUGUCCUCUGAAAGGCCCCUUUAUGAGGAAGUGACAAAAUUUUUGCAUUACUAUUACUUCUUUCGGUUGGAUUACCUGUUGUCCAGGGGUGAGCCUUAUUCCCGAAGGUGCAAAGUCCUUAGACCAUCUUUGGCAAGCAAGAUCACAGGGAUGCUUCUAGAACUGACACAUGCUCAGUUGCUCCUUCUGUCUGCAAGCGAAGAUGCCCUGCGCCAAAAAGUAGAGAGGCAGUGGAUCUUAUCCUUGCUCCAGGGUCGUGACCACACACCAGAAUAUUCUCCAUCCCAUCAAGAUGAAGGUGGGGAGGAACUGAAGGUGCAAGUGAGCUCCACUGUUCUCCAGCCAGGAAAAGAGGAUUUCUACUCUCCUCGUCAAGGUCGCCCAACGCCUGAGAGGCUCAAUGCUUUCCGCAAUGUUGGCAGGUUACUUGGGUUAUGCCUGCUGCAGAAUGAAUUGUGCCCUAUCUACCUGAACCGCCAUGUCCUCAAGUACAUUCUAGGACGCCCUAUUCGUUUCCAUGACUUGGCCUUCUUUGACCCUGUCAUGUAUGAAAGCUUGCGAAAGCUGGUGCUGGAUGCAGAGAACAAAGACACGGGAGCUGACGUGUUCAAAGCACUUGACCUUACCUUCAGCAUUGAUGUAAUUCCUGAAGAAGGUGGCACAAACAUAGAACUGAUUAGUGGUGGCAGAAAUGUGGAGGUGACAACAGCUAAUGUGUAUGACUAUGUCCGCAAGUAUGCAGAGUAUCGCAUGGUAAAAUCUGAAGAAAAGGCCCUACAGAAUAUUCGUGAUGGUGUAUUCGAUGUAAUCCCAGGAGGAUCCCUAGAUUCCCUAACAGCUGAAGACCUACGGCUGUUACUAAAUGGGGUUGGGGACAUCAACGUAGCUACACUUAUAUCCUAUACGUCUUUCAAUGAUGAGAGUGCGGAAUCAUCAGACCGUCUUCACAAGUUCAAACGGUGGCUAUGGUCUAUAGUUGAGAAAAUGACUAACCAGGAAAAGCAGGACUUGGUAUACUUCUGGACCGGUUCUCCUGCUUUGCCAGCCUCAGAAGAAGGAUUCCAGCCAAUGCCAUCUGUCACUAUCAGACCAGCUGACGACUCACAUCUACCUACAGCAAACACUUGCAUUAGCCGCCUAUAUAUUCCUUUGUAUUCUACUCGUGCUAUUUUGCGAUCUAAACUGUUGUUAGCCAUCAAGACUAAAAACUUUGGCUUUGUGUGAGUGUAACCCAAGAAGCUUAAAAUUUGUGGCUGACUUUGAACCAUGUUGAAUUAUAAUAAAGCAGUUAGUGACUAAUGAACGUCUAAGGGAACAUUGUGUAUGGUGACUGCAAGCGAGACACACAUGGAGUCAAGUGAGCAAACAAACAAGAUGAUUUUGGGAGUGCUGGUCAUAUGGCAUAGGAACUUGAAAAUUCUUUGGCUUACUAGUGUUGUGCCUGUACGAAAGAACUAUUAUUUUGUGUGAUUGGAAUAUAUGGCCUCCAGGUUUGGCUGGCUAGAUUUAAAAUCUUGUGUGCAUUCCCUGAUUUCAAAUAAAUGAAAUUCAUAUUCAGCUAUUUGAAAUGAUGUGAAAAAUAGUUUCCUUAAAAGCUAUUAUCUGGUUAUUGUUAAAGUGUGUAAGCAGUGUGUAUUGAAAUUAAAUAAAAGAAAUUCCAUUGUUGUACAAUAGACAAGUAGAUAUGAGUAAAAAUCUUGACCAGCUUCCUUUGUGUAUCUUUCCUUGUUUCCCAGAAAAUCAAACAAAAUGCACAUGCACCAAGUAAAGACAUAGAGUAUGAACUUCCAAAUUUCCACCACAUUAAAUCAAGUUCACAUGCUCAGUGCACGAAAAAGCUGAUGAUCCAGCUUUGCCUUCAUGAUUUAUCAACCAAAGACAGGUGUAUAUCAUGCAUUUUAGUUUACUGAAAUGCCCAUCUACAUUCCAAAUGACAUUUAUUACAAUUAAUUGAAGUUCCAGAUAACUCAGCUGCUCAGUAAUAAUUUCACCAGGAUCAUCUGUAUUGAUACUUAAAUAUGAAAACAAAUAUCAUGGGCAAACUGUGUAAAAGCUGAAUGUGAAUUUUUAAAAAUACAAACUAUUAGCUUCAAAGAAUCAAGCAAAGUGGUGCUAUUGUAGGAACGAUAAUUGUCAUUACAAAUUUUAUCGCAAUGGAAAUAGCUGUUUUAGAUAUAAAUGUUCAUACGAGGAUAUACAAAGAGAACAAAUGUCACAGCCCAAAAAUAAGCAGUGUAAAGUAAGUUUAGAAACAUUUUUAUAAUUUGUAUUAUGCUAAAUAAUGUGAAUGGGGAGGUACUGUUUAUUUUAAGAAUAUCGACUAGAAAAUAAGAGAAUUUGACUAUUUUUUGUAGCACCGUUAAGGCUUCAGGUGGAUGCAUAUACUGUGUUGAUAGUCCUUUAAACCGGAAUUGCCAAUAUGGUUGUUUAUUACUGAAAUGAGUUUUUUUUGAAAAAAAUGGUAGACUGCAAAUCCAAAACCAGCAUCCUUUGUCAGAAUGGAAGUGUAUGCUUUAUUAAAAAAAAAAUUACUUGUUCACAUGUCUAGGUCUCAAAAAUGAAGGCAGAUUUAUUU